UUACAUUUCGUGAGCAGUCUGGAGAAUUUAUUGAAGAAGGACGGAAGCAAAAUCUCCGACUGAAACUCCGGGUAAAAUCUCAUUUAUUGUCAAAAUGAUAUUCCCAGACUUCGUCACUAGGAGCACUUUACAAUUUAGAUUACAAGCUAGGAGAAUCUAACAGUAACUGUGAGGAAAUCUACUUUAUGUGCUAGAUAAUUUUACCACAAAUUUCCAAGGCUUUGUCCAGUAUAGCAGUGCCCGACUGAAGGAAUACUAAAGGCGACCAGAGUCUCGAUUGUGAAACAUUUGGAGUUGCAAACCAUGGCUGGGGUUAUGAGUCAUUUUAAGAAAAACAAAGGAGGACCUAAUAUGGUAGGUCAAAGGUCAAAUGAAGAACUGUGGACAAGAACAGGAACAUUUAUCAACAAACCAACGAGGGGUUGGUUACACAUUGAAGAGGAACUCAAAGAACAUGGAGGAGUCUGCUAUGGUGUUAGGUAUGUCGGCUGUGUGGAAGUGAAGCAGUCAAUGAGGACACUGCCCUUUGAGAUGAGAGGCCAAGUUACAAAAGAAGCCAUCUUCAGAGUGUGUGAUGCUGCAGGCUUUAAAUACACAAGGAAGAAAAAGGCAAGCAAGACAAUCUGUAAGAUAGUAGGAGAGAACCCCAACAUUCUUUUCGGAGGUGCUAAUGUAAAUCUCACAAUAUCCACAGCCAGCAUCAACAUCAGAAUAAAAGAGACCGGAAAGCCAAUAGCCAAUCAUCAGAUGCAAGGCAUCUCAUUUGCAUCAGGUGGCGAUGCUGAAACUCAGAACUAUGUGGCUUACGUUGCAAAGGACCCAGUCAAUGGAAGAGCGUGUCAUGUACUGGAGUGUCUUGCAGGUUUAGCUCAAGAUGUCAUUACGACGGUUGGUCAAGCGUUUGAAAUCAGGUUCAAGGACUACCUUCGCAAUCCACCACAAGUCUUCAGUACUCCUGACAGAAUGGAGGAGCCUUUAUUUCAGGAGGAAGAGUCGGCUUGGGGCGAUGAUCCCGAUUAUUACAACGACAUCAGUAAACUCAACGUGACGCUGCCAGACAGAGUCGUUCCUCCGCCACCCUCAGGCCAAUACAUGCCAACCAGCCCAACAAGACAACAGCCUUACCAAGAACUUAUUGGGCAGCAGGCAUCAGGGGGCUCUUCCCCCGCGGCUCCCCCUCCCGGCUACACCGCCAAUCCCCCAUCGUACCUUGACAGCAACCACCACCCUUCAAACAGCAGCCCGACAUCGAGUAACCCUAGAGGCCCCCAGGGCCCCGGCCCAGGCCACCAGCCCAUGACGGGGAGGUUAAUUGAUAUAGAUAACGAGCCCCCUAUCUACGGGGCUACCGCAGGGACGCCCUCGCCCACGAGGAACAAUGUACCAACAGCACUGGACAACCCACUUCAAAGAUCAUCAAGACAUACUAGCUCCUCCUCACCCCAUCUUAGUCCACAACAUAGCCCCAUCCACAACAACAACGUCAAGAAACCAUCCCGCAAGGCCAAGCGGAGAACCCCGUCCCUCUACGACAACCCACCGACCAAGGAGGACGUCGAGGCCAGCCUCCUCCCGCUGGCCAAGCAGCUCACGCCGGCAGAGAGGAACCACUACCAGAACGUCAUAGCCAGUCCCGACUGGAAGAAACUGGUCGAUUCCGGUUACGACAACCUCCGGAUGCUCAACAUCUGGAAGCAGAGCAAGUCGGUGAUGCUCCAUAAAGGUGGUGAUGAUGAGGCAGAAUAUGCCAAUGUUGUUUGUUUCCAUGACGAUCUUGCUGAUGAUGAUGGCGAUGAUGAGCAUGGCAACCGGAAUGAUGGGGAGGAGGAAAAGGAAGAAAAGGAGGAGGUUGAUGAUGCACUCGGAUCCAUGAUGUACGACGAGCAGAGACCGGUGUCCGCCAACUACGACAACCCUCAGAGUCCAAAGUUUAGCGAGCGUAAAAUGGCAGAGGCUGCAUACAAUGCUUCAUUGCCAAACCAUCCCCUCAACCUGGAGGUUGGUCAUCAACUCCAGAGGGCGGCAAACAAUGGUGAUCAGCAUUCAAUAGAUCCAUUUGAUAUGGAACCAUUCAAUCCAGAAGCUGCCAAACAACCCUCCAACCCUUCUGCAGUUGUCGGUGCCUCAGGCCUGCAUCUUCAAGACACUGUUAGCAACGCAGCUUCCGCUUCAGCCCCAGCCCCUCCGACAAAUCCCCUCUACAAUGAAGAAUGGUUCCAUGGGCCAAUGAGCAGGAAGGAAGGGGAGGCACUGCUCAGUAACGAUGGAGAUUUCUUGGUCAGGGAAAGCACGACAGCCAAGGACCAGUACGUCUUGAGCGGGAUGCAGAAUGGCACACCGAAACACCUGCUACUAGUCGACCCACAGGGCAAGGUAAGAACGAAAGACAAGGAAUUUGACAGCGUGAGCCAUCUCAUCAACUAUCACCGGAACAACCGACUGCCGAUCAUCUCUGCCGGUAGUGCUGUCCAUCUCAAGACCCCCGUCGUCAGGAAAUUCAAAACAUAGGCUCAACCCUCCCCCCCACAAUCCUCCCCCACCCCCAUUGCCACUCCCCAGAUUCAUAUUUCCACCCUCAUCAUUUUUACAUGCGAACUGUUAUGAAAAAGCAUCAUACAAUCAAUGGGCGAAGGACAUGUAAGUAUGCAGUCACAGCUCAUCAAGCAUUUUCUUAGACGUCUUGGUAGCUCUCCAUUAAUGCCUUUCAGCCGAUGGCAUGAUUAGUAGAGCUUUGCAUCAGGAAAUGUUCGGUCCCUUGCUCUAAAGUUACAAGGCAAAAUGACAAAUGUCUGGGUCUUGUGAUACAAAGGUUAGUGAUUAGUCGUUUGCUUGAUCUUCACGUUUGAUUGUACAUUGUAGUCGAUGCCAUCAGUUGUACAAAAUUAAUGUGUGAUCAUUGCUAAGCUUAGUGUUACGGGCCCAUUGGAGGG